AUUUUAUGAGCUGGUACGCUCUAACCGCACCGUCUUAUCAGUGUCGCGUCGCGUGUAGGUUAUAGGUUCUGAUGCUAAAAAAAGAAGAAGAAGAAAGACGUGUCUUCACAUAACACCCGUGAACUAUUGGAACACAUUAGAGAGACCGCAGGGGGAAGACGUAAAGAGAUUGGUUUUUACAUCCGGUGGCCAAGGACGUUUGGUGGACGUUUUCCUCUUAUCAUGCACGGUGAAGAACGUACCGUUCGGUUUGAAAUGUAACAAAACGAGCUGCCGGCAAAUAAAAGCAAAGCGUUGGCGCUACCAGCUCUCCAGUGCCACCAUUUUGGUUCGGUGAUUUGGUUUGCGGUUCGUCGCUUCUGUCGUUGAAGUCUUUCGUGAGUAUGGUGCAUCCGGAGAGAGUGCUGCUGCUGGUGCUGGUGCUAUCGGUUGCCUCUAACUACUGGUCACCUGUAGCCGCUUUUGAUGACUUUUUAGAAGAUAUUUUUUCGAUAUUCUUCGAUUCGGACAGCGAAAGCGAUUCGUCCGAACCGAUUCAGGUUAAUGGGAAAAAUGCCACCAUCAAUGUUGAGUGCGACAACUGCACGCUCACCAUUAACUGUCCGAAUUGCAACAGUAUGGCGACGGUGGCCGGUGGUACGAUGAUGACGGUAACGGCAUCGCCACCACCGGCGCCACCAACACCGAACGGAGACUCUGCUACACCGCCGGCCGCUUCAGCUCCAGCGGCUGCUACGAUCGCGCCGGGAUCUGCAACAGCAAACGAAACGACCACUGCUGGUGCCGCUGGUGCUACUACUGCGGUGGCACCUGGGGACGGUGCUGCGGCAAGCACGGAUGCUCCCGCACCUGACGCCCCGCCUAGUGCUAUUUUCUGAAGUUACAUUUGAUUCCCAUGCCAGGAUCAUGGUUUAGAAAUUAGAAAUGCUAUCUCCUAUGGCCACACACGAUCGUGAGGGGAAUAUUUCGAUAGCUCUUCUCUUAGGUUUAUCUUGCAGUAAAGGGACUAAGGUUGGUUGUGGAAGUUUGUUUAAUAAAGGAAGAAUAAAAUGUUAUCUUGUUGUCUUGAUGAGCACUAUUACAAGA